AUGCUGUUGUGUCGUGCCCUCUGUCCCUGCGAUUUAUUCGGGUUUUUUUUAAAUCUGGUGUGGUUUCUUAGUUACUCUAAGUGCCAAGUGAUUACUGGAAGUGGAAAUACAAAAAAAAAUAUGUACUGCGUCGUGCAGCUGGAUGAAACAGGCGGCGAAGGUCUAGCUGUAGUUCAUACGAGCUGGCUGACGCCAUUGAAAAAGGAGGUCUUCUGGCCGCCAAUAAAAGACAGCAAGCUCUAUCGAAAAGCCCUGGUAGAAAGUGAGCCCGUUGAGUCAGAUUGGACCCUUUACGGCGUGAAAAAAAUUUAUUUUCAGACAGGUGAUUUGAACAAGGCAUUUAGAAAGGAAAAGGAAGCUGAACAGACUAGUGACAUCUACGAUACCGACGAUGCUACAAGUGUCGUCAUAAAUCGCCCUAGGAAAAGAAUCAAAAGGGUUCUAGACAGUGAUGAUGAUAGUGGUGAUGAUAGUAGAUUUUCUAGACCCCCACAAAUCAAGAUAAAACAAUUAUCAGGUAGCAAAGAAAAAAAGCAAAUUUCUUCUCCAUCAACAUCAAAGGAGCAGAGGCCCAUAGCAGCUUCAGAAAUUUUCACUCCUCGGUCGUCACUCGGAUCUUCACUAUAUGUGGAAACACCAGAUAUAAGAGAUUCAAGUUCCAUAGAAAAAAGGCAAGAAAGGCAAAUUUCUUUGCCUUCAACUUCUAAGGAGCGGUCUACAGCAACUUCUCCUCAGUUAUUAACAAUUGGAGCUACACCAUAUGCAAGGACACCAGAUAUAACAGAAUCAAAUUUACCUAUAUUUAUUAAUGUUCUUAACACAGUUAAGGAACAGAAUAAACUUAUCUUGACGAAAUUGGAAAACCUAGAAACACUUAUUGCCGGUGUACCAGUUGUUGAAGCUGCAGUGAAUUCUGGGAAUCCUCUACCUAUAGAGCUGCCAUUGAUAAGCGAUGACAACAUAAAUGCAACAGAAAACUAUUUAGAAGAAAAACGAAAUUUCACUCGACUGGUGAAUUAUUUAGGAUCCCUUGGUGGAACAAACUUGAAAAACAAAGUCCACAAAAUUUUAAGACAAUUGUUGAGCAACGAUUUAGCAUGUAGCUACAGCUAUUUUGGAAAAAAAGGAAAAAAGAGUUUCUCUGAGCUUAAGCUGAACAAGGCAAUUAUCCAAACAACCCAAUUAAAAAUUGAAAGUGCUUCCUUGUUGGAGAUAGAAGAUACCAUUAAGAUAUGGUUAAAGCAUGCACCCGAUCGAAAAAAAGGACAGAAGAAAAAUGAUGAAGUCAAUUGA